UCCGCCGGCGGCGCUCGCCCAUUGGCCCCGGGAGCCGCCGCUCCGCCGCCCCCACCCCGCAGCGCGGCCCCGCCCCCGCCGCUUCCCUGCGCCCCGGCCUCCGCCGCGUCGGGAUGAGCCGCGCUUCCCCAUGGAGACCAAACGGGCCGAGAUCCCCAGCAGCGUCCUGGACGACCUAUGCAGCCGAUUUAUUUUGCACAUUCCAAGUGAAGAGAGAGACAACGCAAUCAGAGUGUGUUUUCAGAUUGAACUUGCCCAUUGGUUUUAUUUGGAUUUCUACAUGCAAAACACACCAGGAUUACCUCAGUGUGGGAUAAGAGACUUUGCUAAAGCUGUCUUCAAUCACUGCCCUUUUUUACUGCCUCAAGGUGAAGAUGUACAAAAGGUUUUAGAUGAAUGGAAAGAAUACAAAAUGGGAGUGCCAACCUAUGGUGCAAUUAUUCUUGAUGAGACACUUGAAAAUGUUCUUUUGGUUCAGGGCUAUUUAGCAAAAUCUGGUUGGGGAUUUCCAAAAGGGAAAGUAAAUAAAGAAGAGGCACCUCAUGACUGUGCUGCUAGAGAGGUGCUUGAAGAAACUGGGUUUGACAUAAAAGAUUAUAUCUGCAAAGAAGACUACAUUGAGCUGCGAAUUAAUGAUCAGUUAGCACGGCUGUACAUCAUUCCAGGAGUUCCCAAGAACACAAAGUUCAACCCCAAAACCAGAAGGGAAAUUCGGAAUAUUGAGUGGUUUUCCAUCGACAAAUUACCAUGCCACAGAAAUGACAUGACCCCAAAGUCCAAGCUGGGUUUGGCACCUAACAAAUUUUUUAUGGCAAUUCCCUUCAUCAGGCCGUUGAGGGAAUGGAUUUCCCGAAGGAAUGGAGAGUCCUCAGACAGUGACAAUGGUUUUUCAUCUACAGGAAGCACACCCUCUAAGCCCAACUCGGAAAAACCUAGAUCCAAACUUCGCUGUAGUCAACAGAUAUUUACAGAUGGCUUUUCAGGAGAGCAGCUGGUGAAGCCAAAACAGCCACAGAAGCCAUGUAAUCAUCCUGAGGUUUCUGAAGUUUUGAAAAUAAAGCAGCAGAGUCAGAGCCUAAAGAACAGUGGCAGAAAGCAAAAUCAAGACACUUCCAGCCUAAAGAAGCGAACAAAUGGACUGCACAGUCAACCAGUUAAGCAAAACCAUACCUUGAAAUGUGAAAAAAGGCUUAAUCCAAGAAGACUUCAAGAUAACUUUGAAACAGAAGCAGCAUAUGAGAUGUGUUGCUCCAGCGAAGACCCACUGCCAGAACAUGUAGAGGGACAUUCUAUGGCAUGCAAUGGCCAUUACAAAUUUGCUUUUUCAUCAAGAGCUUUCUUGAGUUUCAAGUUUGACCAUGAUGCCAUAAUGAAAAGUUUUGACCUCUGACAGCAAACUUACUAGGAAUAAGAAUCAGACUUGCCUGUUGUAAUUGAGGGGGUUUCUUAUCCAGCCUUACUCUUUCUCAGGAGUUUUUUAUUUUGUUUUGUUUGUUUGUUUUUAAAUGCAAUGCAGGGACUGACUGCUGGUUUGGAAGGGUUUGUUCUCUUUGCAGUAUAGAGUGGCAUAGUCAAGUGUUGCACUUUAAAUGCAGUCUAGCCUUUGUCCACAUAAGUACCUUUCCAAUGUUCAGUUCAUUUGUUCCUAGCUGUGCAUUAGAGGGCAUUCUUUUUACUUGUGGUUUUUUUUGUUUGUUUUUUUUUGUGGUUUUAAAUUUAUUUUUUUUAUUUUAACUUGCUGUGUAUUUUGUAGAAUGUCAUUGACUUUUUUUAACUGUUGGAGUAUACCAGCUUGCUAACCUUUUAACUGUUCUGAUGUAAAUUAUUGGACUUGUUAGUCAUUAUUUUGUAGAACAUUGCAAUAUUACGCAGUGGCAAUGAAACUAAUUCACAGAGGACACCUCAGUCCUAGUGAUUUUGAAACCAAGUUGCACAUUUCAAACCUAGCCUCAGCCUGUCAUCCUUUCUCUGUACUGAUUGUUUGCCCCAAAUACCUUCCCUCCUUCACACUGAUAGUUUUUGUUGGCUGGCAAUCACUAGUACUUGAGUCAAAUCUAUAGCAUGUUGACUUUUUGUACUUACUCUUCCUUGGUCUUUGAUAAUGACACUCAAACUGGGUAAAACAGCCCUUCAAAGUGUCUAACAGCUCUUGUGCACUGCCCACAGCUGCAUAAGAAGACGCUACAAAGCAGCUGCUUGCAAAAAAAGAGAAGCUAGAAGCUUAAACUUGUCUGAGAGGGGUUACUUGUGUAGAACUUUACAGGAUGUAAAUAAGCCUCUGUAGAUCUCGCUGAGGAGGAAGGCAGGUGUGUGGAUAAUAGAGGCAUUGUGUGACACUGAACAGCUUAAUCAGGCUUCCAAUAACUAUUCCAAGGGUGUUCAGUAUUGUAUUCUGUGCUGUUGUCCUCAGAUCUCUUGUGUAGUGUAUCUGCUCUGUAUAUAUCCAGUAGUAUUGAAUUGCACUUGCAGUUAGCAUUUAAAUGAUCUAGCCUCAGUCAUUUUCAGCUACAGUGCUUUCUUAGGAAAAACAUGAAAGAUGGGGUGGGGAUGGAGGGGAGGAACAAAAAACCUGUAAGAGUUGAGGUGAUGAGCUGUUACAUCACCUUCAAGUCAGUGGGUUUUGAGCUAGAGUGCUAGAGUGGAGAGAAAUGCACUGAAAUAAUUUGUCACAGCAGCUUGUGAUAGCAAGCAUGUCUCAGAUUUAAAAAUGGACUUUUCUCUAGAAUAGAGGUAAUUGAUAACUUCAUAGGUUGAAUGAACUACACCCUUGUAGUGUAUGUACAUGCACUGAGUUUUUAUGCAACUCAUAUGUCAUCCAAAACCAAAAUCCUGGUCUUCCUUCAACCACCCUACUUCAUAGACCCUACGUAGUGUUUUCCUCAGAAAUAGCUUUAGAACUUUCUCCUGGUUUAUUCACCUGCCUGUGACCAGGUGAUUUGGAACUCUAAUGCUGUAAUAAUUUUGGCCAUGGGAGUGUUCAACUUCUGUAUCAGUCAACAGAAGAAACGGACUACAGCAUUUCCUCCUUCUGGAGGACAAGGGUUCUGAGGGCCUUGUUUUUCAAGACCAAAUUGUGAAAUAGCUCAGUCAAGCUUUGACUCAAUUUUUUUUAAAUUUUUUUUUUAAAUUUUUUUUUUCCUUAAACGUAUCCAAAGGCCAUACAAUGACAAAGAAGAGUAAUUGAGAAGUUAGGAUAAUGCUGGAGGAGGUUGUUAUUCAGCUUCAGGUGAAAACUAAUCUUUAGUUAUUUUUCUGUGCUAUUUUAGUUGAUUUCCCAGCAAAAGUGCCUUUACUCAUGGUGAGGCAGAAGUUUGUAUCAUAUCCUGAGGCUGCUACUGCCUAUGGAGCUAACAGGACUCUCCUAAGGCAUAAUUAAAUAACAGGCUGUGGAAAUCAUUUUACAAAUAAGUUGACUUUUCAGAUAAAUUAGUUAUAGAUCAUUUAGUGCUCUGUGAAAUAAUGGGGAUGUUGAUGAAACAGUGAACUUGGAGCAUCUGUCGUCUGUUUGGGAAGUCCUGUCCCAGGCAAGAAGUCUUUAGAACAAUGGAAGCAUGUUCUAUGAACAGGAGAUGCUGGCUGCCCUCUGUUUACUGUGUCAUUUUUUUUUUCUUAGUGAAAGAUUAGUUCAGUAUAAGAGACAUUGGUUGCUUCAUUAAGCAACCCAAAGUGAAGCUUAUACAUAUGUCAUUGAUUUUAGUAAACCUAGCCUUAAUGUGAGUUGCAAAUAAAUGUGAUAAAUAUGCAAUAACUUACUUCUUUGUAUAAGGGUACCAUUUCCUGUAGUAGCAUUGCUUUCUGCUUUCUUAGUGAGGUUUAUCCUAAAACUAUGUAAGUGUGGUGGCAUGUGAUCCACUUGGUGGGCUCCAUCAUGCCCUGCACCGUGAACAUUUUGUUUACUGUUCUUUAUAUUAUUAUUUCAUCAUCCCUUUAUAAUUGUAUUUCUAAGUUUAGAAGUACUUGUUUACAUUAUCUUCCAUAAAACAGUGAAGAAAUAGCAAGU